AUGAAGACGCAGACUUUGCCACGCAGAAAACGCGGUGAUCAUGCUGAGUGGCUAGAAGCUUUGAAUGGUCCAGACAAGAUCGGCGUGAAAUUAACGAAGGAACGCAUACGAAUUGUAGACAUCCCCUCCCCAUCUGAACCUGAAUGUCGGCUUCUAUCAGUCAGAAAAUAA